GGGGCGUCUGUAAACCCUCCCCUGGGCGGGCAGGACGGGCCGUUUCUCCUCACCUUAGUUCACCUCCUGCAUGCCGCCGGUGCCGGGGGCGCUGUGGAGCGGGGCAGGGGCAGCCCGCCAUGGCCGAGGCAGGAGCGGGAAGCGCCGAGGGGGCCGAGGAGGAGCGGCGAGUAACGGAAGAUAGUUGCCUGGUAAGUGGAAGCCCAUGUGUUGAUUCUGGAGUCUCCAGCCUCAUGAAUACAAAAUCUAAGCCUGCUGCCACCACUUCUUUCAACAUUUCUAUGGCUGAGAUUCCAAGGAAGCGCAAAGGAAGUGAUUCUGAUAACCAGGACACAGUUGAAGUUGAUGGUGAUCCUCAGAAAAGGAGUGAAGAUGACGAACAUGUUAAAAUAAAAGAUUUCAGAGAGGCACACAGUCAGACAGAGAAACGAAGAAGAGACAAAAUGAAUAAUCUGAUAGAAGAAUUGUCUGCUAUGAUACCUCAGUGCAAUCCCAUGGCACGAAAACUAGACAAGCUUACAGUGUUACGGAUGGCUGUGCAACACUUAAAAUCUUUAAAAGGUUCCACUAGCUCCUAUUCAGAAGUCCGGUAUAAACCUUCAUUUUUAAAGGAUGAUGAGCUUAGACAGUUAAUCCUUAGGGCUGCAGAUGGAUUCCUGUUUGUGGUUGGAUGCAACAGAGGAAAAAUUCUGUUUGUUUCAGAAUCAGUUUGCAAAAUACUUAAUUAUGAUCAGGCCAGUUUAAUUGGACAAAGUUUGUUUGAUUACUUGCAUCCAAAAGAUGUCGCCAAAGUUAAGGAGCAACUUUCCUCUUCAGAUGUUUCUCCGAGGGAAAAGCUCAUAGAUGGCAAAACUGGCUUGCAAGUACACACAGAUUUUCAAGCUGGACCAGCUCGACUGAAUUCUGGUGCUCGACGUUCUUUCUUCUGUCGGAUAAAAUGUAGUAAGACCUCAGUCAAAGAAGAAAAGGAAUGCUUGCCCAACCCGAAGAAGAAAGAUCACAGAAAGUACUGUACCAUUCACUGUACUGGAUAUAUGAAGAACUGGUCUCCUAAUGAGGUGGGAGUGGAAGAAGAAAAUGAUGUAGAAAAAGACAGUAGUAAUUUUAACUGUCUUGUUGCAAUUGGGAGGUUACACCCUUAUGUUGUUCCACAAAGGUGUGGAGAGAUAAAAGUCAAAGCAACAGAAUUUGUUACACGAUUUGCCAUGGAUGGAAAAUUUGUUUAUGUAGAUCAGCGUGCAACAGCAAUUUUAGGGUAUCUGCCACAAGAGCUUCUAGGAACUUCUUGUUACGAGUACUGCCAUCAAGAUGAUCACAAUCAUCUAGCUGAAAAACAUAAAGAAGUAUUGCAGAAUAAAGAAAAAAUAUUUACGAAUUCCUACAAGUUUAGAGCAAAAGAUGGGACUUUCGUUACUUUAAAGAGUCAGUGGUUUAGUUUCAUGAAUCCGUGGACCAAAGAGUUGGAGUACAUUGUGUCAAACAACACUGUGGUAUUAGGUCACAAUGAGUCAGCUGAAGAACUGGUCCCCAGUGGUUCCCAGUCUGCAGAAGAUACCACAAAACAGUCUUUAGUAAGUGUACCUGGAAUGUCCUCUGGAACAGUUCUUGGUGCUGGAAGUAUAGGAACUGAAAUUGCAAAUGAAAUAUUAGAAUUACAAAGGUUGCAUUCUUCACCAUCUGGGAAGUUAAGUCCAUCACAUCUCUUGAGGAAGUCACCUUCUCCAGUUUUAACUGUAAACUGCAGCAAUCUGCCAAAUAAAGAGUUGAUUCAGUUGUGUCCUUCAGAAACAGAAGUUCUAGAGACAUCAGAACAAAACCAGGGUGCUGUUUCAUUUCCUAGUACUGAACCUCUCCUCAGUGGUAAUUCUCAGCUGGACUUUGAUGCAAUAUGUGAAAAUGAUGAUACUGCUAUGACUGCUCUCAUGAAUUACUUGGAGGCUGAUGGAGGACUUGGGGAUCCAGCUGAACUAAGUGAUAUACAAUGGGCUCUGUAGUGUUGCUUUUGCAUAAUAAGAAGGAGUGUAAAGUUUUUAAUGCACAACAACCAUACAUCCUCAGUACUGUACUAUAAUUUUUUAACAUUUCAUCUCAAUUCAUACUACUAUCUAUAUAUUUUUAAAUACUUAAACCUUGUUCACAGAGAGACAGUUUCUGCUGCACCUAUGGAAAAAUAUAAUAUUUUUUUCAUGAUGGAGAACCUUGAAAUUUUAAUAUUGAACCAUAUGUAACUGGAAUGCUUAAAAGAUAUUAUUAUUAUAUUUUUGCUAAGAAACUUUAACCAAAAGAUACUGUACAGUGUACAGGAAUUUGUUUUUCUUAGUUCUAAUACUUUUAAAAAGCUUGUAAUUAUUUUUUGUUUCAAAAGGAAGUAUUGGUUAUCUGUGUUACUUCUGUAGAAUGUACUGUACUUACACAGUUUUAGCGUAUUUGUAACUAUUAAAUUUCAUUGAGAUGAUGGUUUGCGCACUCUGAAGUUUUAAGAUAAGGUGUUUAAUUCCUAAACACUGCAGUGAUUCCUUGUUCUUUUUGGAAGGGCAACUUUUGUAGUCAAAUGUAAAAAUAGAACAUACAAUUCUGGGAACAAGUAUUUGAAUUAGAUCGUCAUAAAAAUCAAAAGGUUUUGAAAAAAAAAUUAUUGCCCCAGUGGGCAAACAUAACAAAGGUAUAAGAAAAGAUGGGAAAAAAUUAUUAUACUGUAUUAUAUAUAAAGUAUUGUUAAAGAGACAAAGCUUUAUAACCAAAGAAAAGUAAUACUGUAACUGUAAUAAAGCACUUUGGUCUCACUACAGAUUAUUGGCUAAUUAGAGAAAUUUGGAUAGAUUGUCUUGGUCUCUGAAUAAGGAUAUCAGUGUCUGUCAGUGAAAAUGUUUGAGUUAUAUAGUAUCUGUUACAGUAUCUGUGUUUUGGAGAGAUUAAGGUGGUUUUCUAUUACUUGAGUUUGUAACUUUUUAAAAUAUUUUUGUGUAAUAUAAUGCUCUAUAAGUAAAUGCUGUGUAUGAUGAUCUUUUGGGGGACAGGGUUUGCAAGGCCUGUAUCCCAGUUACAGUUGAUCACCCAGGAACAUGGCACUUAAUAGGUUGUAUUAGAACAAUUUAACAUUAGUAUCCAGAGUGGAUCUUUUAUCUCUGGUACUGUAGGUAUAGGUAGAAUUUUUGCAUCAAUGGACUAUAGCAUAAAAAAUAAUAAUUCAGAUAAUGAAAGGAAAACAUUGGAAGAUUUGAGAUGUUUGGAUAUUUUCGUUUACUACAAACAUUAAAGCUUGAACACAGGUACAAUCAUAA